AUGACUUUCACUGUCGGAAUCGCCGGUAUCACUGGCAAGUUCGCCAAGCGCCUUGUAUCUCACCUGCUCAAGGGCGAAGAUAUCGCCAUUCGGGGAUACUGCCGCGAUCCCAGCAAGGUCCCAGAGGAAAUCUCCUCUUCCUCACAAGUGACUCUAAUCAAGGGCGAUGCCUUCGACAAGGACUCCAUCCGCACUUUCGCCAACUCCUGCGAUGUUAUCGUGUGCUGCUACCUUGGCGAUGACAAGCUCAUGGUUGAUGGACAAAAAGCUCUGAUUGAUGCCUGUGAUGAAUGUCAUGUUCAGCGCUACAUUGCAAGUGACUGGGCCCUGGAUUACACCAAGCUCAAGCUUGGCGAGUUGUUCCCCAAGGAUCCUAUGAUUCAUGUCAAAGCCUACCUUGAGGACAAAAAGGUUCAGGGUGUGCACAUCCUCAUUGGUGGGUUUAUGGAGCCUAUCUUGAGUCCUUUCUUCAAUAUCUAUGAUCCCCAAACCAACACUCUUCGCUACUGGGGUAACGGUGAUGAGAUCAUGGAGGGGACCACAUAUGAUAAUGCUGCCGAGUUCACCGCUGCUAUUGCAGUAGACUCCAGUGCAACUGGAAUCAAGAAAUUCCUUGGUGUUCGCGCGACAAUCCGCGAGAUUGCUCAGUCGUUCGAGAACGUUUACGGUGUCCGGCCUAGCCUUGAGAGCCGUGGAAGCCUUGACGACUUGUACAAGCUGAUGCACCAAAUGCGCAAUGACAAUCCCGCAAACAUCUAUGGAUACAUGUCCCUGUUCUUCUAUUACUACUGGAUUAAUGGUCAGACCUUCGUCGGUACCGAUCUGGACAACGAAAACUACCCUACAGUGAAGCCCGUUAGCUGGGAAGGGUUCAUGACCCAAUAUCCUUUGCAGGCACUUCCUACAGCUUUCUUCGCCCUGAGUGGAUAA